AUGUCCUCGCAGACGCAGUUACUACGUUUGAUUAUCAGCGAGUUCACGAGGAAGUUUCAAACGAAACUGAACACCCAGAAACUGCAGAGCUUCGUUACCAAGACCCACCUCGCGCGUGAUCCGUAUUUCGCGACGCAGCUUGUGAGACUCUACGCGUUAAACGACGAACUUCUCUCUGCACGCAAACUGUUCGACGUAUUUCCCGAGAGAAGCGUUUUCCUCUGGAACUCUGUUAUUCGAGCUUACGCUAAAGCUCAUCGAUUUACCUCUGCUUCGUCGCUCUUCUCUCGAAUGCUGAGCUCUGAUACGAAACCUGAUAACUUCACAUUCGCGUGCUUAGCUCGUGGCUUCUCAGACAGUUUCGAUACAGAGAGACUGAAGUGUGUUCAUGGGAUUGCUAUUGUAUCUGGUCUUGGGUUUGAUCAGAUUUGCGGUAGUGCCAUUGUUAAAGCUUAUACAAACUCUGGCCUUAUAGUUGACGCAAGUAAGUUGUUUUUUUCAAUACAAGAGCCUGAUGUUGCUCUAUGGAACGUUAUGGUUUCUGGAUAUGGAAGCUGUGGUUUUUGGGAAGAAGGAAUCAAACUGUUUAACUCAAUGUUACGUCAAGGAAAUAGACCUGAUUGUUAUACAAUGGUAGGGUUGAUGACUGGAUUGAGGUUAUUACACAUUGCUUGGUCUGUUCAUGGCUUUUGUUUGAAAGUGAGUUUAGAUUCUCAUUCUCAUGUUGGUUGUGCUCUAGUGAGCAUGUACUCUAGAUGCAAAUGCUUAGCUUCUGCUUGUAGAGUGUUUAGUAGCAUCUCUGAGCCUGAUUUAGUUGCGUGUUCGUCUCUGAUAACUGGUUACUCGAAAUGUGGGAAUCACAAGGAGGCUUUGUGUCUGUUUAGUGAGCUGAGAAUGAGUGGUGAGAAGAAGCCAGAUUCUGUUCUUGUUGCGGUUGUGUUAGGCUCUUGCGCUGAGUUAACGGAUUCGCUGUUUGGAAACAUAGUGCAUGGUUAUGUGAUUCGAAUGGGAAUGGAAGUGGAUGUAAAGGUUUGCUCUUCUCUUAUAGACAUGUACUCAAAGUGUGGGUUUUUGGACUCUGCGAUGAGUCUUUUCUCAGGGAUUACAGAGAGAAACGUUGUCUCUUUCAACUCUGUGAUAUUGGGGCUUGGCUUGCAUGGUUAUGCUUCUUCUGCGUUUGAAAAGUUCGGCGAGAUGCUCGAGAUGGGAUUGAGACCGGACGAGGUUACAUUCUCUGCUCUUCUGUGUACAUGUUGCCAUUCUGGUCUUUUAGAGGAAGGUCAAGAGAUCUUCAUGGGGAUGAGGAGCGAGUUUGGUGUUGAGCCAAGGACAGAGCAUUUUGUUUACAUUGUGAAGCUGAUGGGAAUGGCUGGAAAGUUGGAAGAAGCGUUUGAGUUUGUGAUGUCGUUGCGGAAACCGGUUGAUUCAGGGGUUUGGGGAGCGUUGUUGUCAUGCUGUGAAGUUCAUGAGAACACUCGUUUGGCUGAAGUUGUAGCAGAGAAGAUAAUGGAGAAUGAGGAAGAAGAGAGAAGAAGAAGUGUUUACAAUGUUAUGCUCUCUAAUGUUUAUGCAAGAAAUGGGAAAUGGGAUGAAGUAGAAAUGCUUAGAGAUGGCUUUGGAGGUAAAUUGCCAGGAGUUAGUUGGGUUUAA